AACAACGGGUGACGGCGGAUGAGGAAAAACGAGCACUAACCCCAGCGUGGCGGAGUGCUGGCGCGAGGAAGGCAACAACCAGAAGGAACAGUAACAUAACAUCCCCCUGCCACACCAAGGCCAUGCAAGGGAAGCACAGCAGGGAAGGGGUUGUGUGGCGUGUGGUGUCAGUGGUAGUGUGUUGCUCCCUGUUGGCUUACUCUGUCCUCAUCACUUCGCUGCUGUUCAGACAGUCACAAACACCCACCAUCUCAAGAACCCGUCCCUCUUACCUCAUGAACAGCAUUGAGGAUCUGUUUGACUUCAUCACCAUCACCACCGCCAACUGCACCAAUCCUCAAGUCAUCCCGGGCGCCUCAGUGCUGGAGACGGAAGAUCGCACGAUCUCAGGCCACGAAGGAACCUACAUCUGCCUGGACAACCUUCCCGAGACCCCAACGCAGGAAUCUUGUCGCAUCUACUCCUUUGCCAUCAACCGUAACGACAUUAAGUUUGAGGCAACGAUGGGCAAGCGCGGAUGUCGUGUUCAUCUGCUGGCGGCCAACACAGAGUACAGCUACACACGCAUCAAGCCCAACGUGUACCUGUACCCACUAGAGCUUAACGUCUCCCCUGGCCUCAACAAGUACUCUCUGGACGGCUUCCUCGAUCUCCUCACACACAUGUGGAAGCCCAUCCAUUACGUGAAGACCACCACACAAGGUAGCGAGUGGACCUUUCUGAAGACCCUCUACCUGUCAGGCUACGAGGCGUUCACCCACAUCAAGCAGAUCAGACUACUCCUGCACCUUCCCUACGCCACGGACGACCACUUCAAGGACCUGGAGGGCAUGUAUCACCUCCUGCUGGGGCUCGAGUAUUAUGGUUACCGCCUGGUCCACUCCCGACCCAUCCCAGGCUCCACCUACUCCAUCCACAAUCUGCAGAUACAAGUGGCCACCAAAUACGAGACAGUGUGGAUUAGGGACUAGUGGAGGAAGGCAUUGAAGACUCAGAAAUGCUUUAAUCUCUCACCACAACUAUUUUCCAAGGCCACAGAGACGAUUAGCAGUUUUCAAGAGUGUUUCUCCAGUUAAUAAUGUAGAAAUCUUGUCAUUCUGUCUCUAGAACCAUAAAAAC